CCCGGCCCGCGUCUGCCGCGUCUCUGCCGCCGCCCCUGACCCCCUUUGCCGGUUCCCCUCCUUCCCCGCACCCCGGGGGUGAGCCCGGCGCUGCUCCAGCCCGAGGGCACCCCGCUCCUUCUGUGUUGGUCUUCUGGCCGAUUCCUUAGGCACUCUUCAAAGCACUUCGAAAUCAGUUUCCAACUCUUCACUGACAGUUGCAUUUUCCUUCUCCUUCUUGGAAUUCGUUGAAGAUCAGAGGGUCCUGCAAAAGCCGUCUUGCUGUCUGACCAGCGGGAAUUCCCUCUUGUUUCCAUGGCGUUCAGGUUGAGAUAUUUAAACAUCGGGCUGGCGCCCUAGUCCAGCUCUUCCCCCGCUCCUGAAUGGGGCUAUCUGGAUUUCCUGUUAACGCUUAACAUUUUCUUUAUUUGCCGCUUAGUUAAAUCUGGAUAGAGCAUUUCUGCGGACUGUGAAUUUUUCUUUUAAGAAACAAUCGGUCCAUUGUGAAACUUUCAGCAAGUUAAGAAAAAUAAGCGAUACUUAACAUGCUCGCUUCCUUUGUGAGUCGGGAUAAGGUGUGUUUAAGAAUCGGAAUUUAAAAAGCAUAGUGACUUCAGUGGAUUUACACAAAUCACUGUCAGAGUCGGGAUCAACAUGAGAUUUACAUGGGAAAAAACAUGCAGCGCAUUACGAAUGCUUAACAAAAUCUGAGCGGUUCCACUUCCUUGAAAAAGAGGCCGCUCUGUUUGUGGGCGCCUCUCUUACUCCCUCCCUGUGCUCCCUUAGGGGGAGGCAAAGGCUGCUUUGAUAGGGAAAAGUAUCGGGUUGGUAGGAGGAGGGAGACCAGGUCAGCUGUCUUCUGAGAGUUGAUGGCCAUUCCCAAAAUGAAAAGGGACGUUUGGGCAAAGGAGCAGCGUGGAAAAGCUGGAUUGUCGUGUUUUCACCCUGUGGUUUGAUUACGGUCAGGACUCUGUUCAUAAACGCAGAACUACUUUGCAGAGCCAGGUUUGUCAACUCUGUUACCUGUUCUGGGAGGUGCAGUGACUGAAGACGGAUGGUGGUCUAUUGUGUUCCUGUGAAGCAUUUAAAGUUAUGGGGAAGAAACUAUUUUUGCAUGGGGUAGAAUUGUAAGGAAGCAACAUUUUUAUCAAAACACUGAAUGAAAUUGGAGUACGAUAUUAGCAUUUCAGAAUGAUAGAGUAACAUUCAUUUUUAGUGCCUUGUCUGAGAUACUUAAUAUUUUGUGACAAAUUUGUGUAAAUUGUAUUUGCUGGCUAGCUAAUUUUAACAAAAUCGCAUUAUUUGAAAUUCAGAAAAUAAAUGCCUCAGUUUUAAUGAAUAUUUUAUGGGCCAUUACUGAAAUCUGAAGUUUGAUGUGCCAGAGUCCAGUCAGCUAAAAAGCUGUAAGUUACAGGUCCUCCAAGCAGCAUAACUCCUCUUUUUAAAUGAGGCAUACAUUUGAGUUAAAACUGAAGGUGUAUCAUUCUUUGUAAAAGUGUGGCAAAGUACAUUUCACCACGUGUGCAUGCAUGUAUAAGGAAAAGUGUGGGCUGAGGAACAACAUGGAAAAGCUGGAUUGUUUUUUAGCCUAUGAUUUGAUUAAGGUCAGGAGAAUUCCUAAGACACCAGGACUCUUUUCAUUUUAGAUAUUAUCAUUUAUAGCAUCUUUCUAGAUUUCUCAUAGAGUUCAGUCAACUUUUUUGGCUACCAUGGGGUAUGGAGUAUAUAUUCUUAACCUCUCUUCCUGCGUAUAAAUCCUCUGGCCAAGGUGCAGAGGGCAUCAAUAUUGGGGCCAGGAUUAGAAACUAUGUAUCCUUUGAUUGCCCUGCAAGUGCUCUUUCUAUAAAGCUGCUGUGAUAAGAACCUAGUCUAGAUGGUGUCUCAUCAGUGGAAAAUGGAGCUAUGAGGCAAGCAACAUCUUCCUUUUUUUUGAUAGGAUUGAUUAUUAUUGCAUACUUACUUUUUUAAAAGCAGUCUUACCUCAGAGAUUCAAACUAUUGUUUUUCUCUCUGAUUUAAAACAUGGGAUUGUGGUUAUACCCAAUAGGUUCCGUUGGUCCAGUCUUAUAGAAGACAUUCAUUGCACAGAAUUCCACAACAACAGAAUACUUGGAAUUGUCCUUCCACGUUCUCAAAAACUCGAAAAUGAUGGAAACAGUUUUUCAGUGAAAUUUAUUAAUUAGUUCAUUUUGUUUGAAUUCAUUAUUUUGGUAUUUAGAAAAUGGGUAGAUCUUAGCGUCAGACAAACCUGUGGUCUAAUUUUGGCCCUGUUUGCUGUGAAACCUUGACCACCUCUCUGCUAUACUUUUCUCACUUGUAAAAUGUAGUUAUAUUUACCAUAAUUAAUUUAUAGUAAUCAGAAUUCUUAGUUGUCAGUCAUCAAAAUCCAUUAAAACUGACUUCAGCAAAACAGAUAUUUAUAGGCUUAUAAGGCUGCUGGAAUGAACAGAAUUGAAGGAAAAAAUUACCCGGCAGCUUCAGGGACCUCAAGGACUGGAGACUUUCUCUUCUGCUGUAGACAGGCUUUGGUCAUGGGGUCUUUCUGCUCCUUGUAGUGUUUCAUCUCUGAUCUCACGUAGAAAAUUCUAGAAAAAGGCUCUCCUUGGCCUUGCAUCACAUGCCCAUCCGUGGACCAGCCAAUGUUGCCUGGGAUGGGGACCUCUGGUUCUCUGGGCUGUAUCCCUUGCACAUCCCUACUGCAGACAGAAUCACAUGACCGGUGUUGGAGAGGAGCGCUGCCUCAGUGGAGGGGAGUGCUCGGGAGGCAGUGGCUCUUCCACAUAGACUCCCUGAAGCUGCUCAUUGUGGACAGACUGUAUUUAAGGUAUUUAAUCUAAAGCACUUAUUAUUACCAGAUGUCAGUACUUCUACAGAAGGAGUUAAAUGGUUUUUGACUGUAGAUUCUCAGGGUGAUUAGAUUCUCACAUUUCACGGAUGAAUCUUGACAGUGAUUAUCAGGAUUUCUUCCCAUUGUGGCUGUACAGCCACAGUAGUGGGGAGUCAAGAAACCACGAAGCACUUCAGUGAUCUCGUUUCUGGACCCGUCAUACCCUUAGUGUGAAUGACUAUUAACUGGGAGGUAGUCACCUUCCUUUCCUUUUCAGACCUGGUCAGGCCGUCAAGUUGUGGUUCCUGCUGCGUCCCAGGAACACUAGUAGGGGAUAUACUGAAAAUGUAGAGUGGAAAGAGUCAGGGCUUUGGAAACAGACUUCAGCUUUGCCACUUACUGGCUGUGUUAACCUUGAACACAUUUCCUCAUCAGUUACAAAGAGGUAAGAGUAUCCAUGAUAAAUGGGUUGUUUGUGGGAAUUGAAGUAAAAUAGCUUGUGUAGAUUACUAGGUGUGGUGCCUGGCACAAUAAAAUUAUAGCUAAUUCAGUGAUGGUUUUGAUCAUGUAAAUUUUAAGUGGAUUUUUUUCAAUUUCUGACCUCUGGGAAAAAUUCUGUCCUCAGGCCCCAGUCCAGACCUGCUAAACCACAGUGCCUGGCAGUGGGGCUUGGGAAUCUGUAUUUUAGAUAUGUGCUCCAGGUUGUUUGUUGUAAAGACAAAGAUUGAGAACCACUGAUUUAACUGAGAAUGAUUUGACCACUAUUUUUGUACUAUUGUUUUUGGGGGGAGAAAUUUUUUCCCCCUUCCCUGCAGUUAUUUUUGAAGAGAGAAGUUAGGCAGUGAACAGUGAAAAAGGCUGAAUUAUUUACUACAGCGGCCUUAAUCUCUGCUUUGUUACUGCAGAGGCAUUGUAUAUAAAAACCAAUAUUUUGCACUUUGUAUUUCAGUUCACUGACGAUCAUACGUCACAUAGCUGUAAAGUACAUUGCACAAACCUGACUAGUAAUUAAUUAAAUAUUAAAAUAAUAUUAUUCUUUGCUUUUGAAGGGGAAAGUGAUUAGGCUAAUGAGAAAAUAAUGUGUACUUUUGACUUAGAAAUUCUAUUUUAAAACAUUAAUAUUAUUAUCUGUGUGUCAUACCUGUUGGAAAUACUUCCCCCCAACAUGUUGACAAAUUUUUUUUCAGAGUAUAUACCAUGUGAAGUUUAAAAUUUUUACAUAUUCAGAUUGGCAGUUUUUUCCUUUAUUGUUUUUAUUUUUGUCAUGCAUACAAAAACUUUCUACCAGUGGGUUUUUUUUCCCUUUUUUUAACAUUUAAAUCCUUAAUUCACUUUUUUUUUUUGAAAGAGAGGUUAGGUUGUACAGUGUGACAGCUAACUUAUUUUUGAAAUGGUUAGAUGAUUGUUCAUUGCCAUUUGUAUAUAAGCAGUUCUUUUUCCAUUUCCUGAAUAUUCAUGAAGCUAGGUAUUUAAGAAAAAGAAAUGAUAACCUGACUUAGAGCUAGAAAUUAAUCUAAAUUGUCUGAAGGCAGUUUUUAGUUAAAAAUGAGUUGUGCAGGCAGUGAUCUUUAAAUAAUGGUGGUCAGAACCAUGGGAAUGGUCUCCUUUAACGUGGCGAUGAGCAUCUUUGUUUCUCUUGCAGUCACAGCACAGGUAUCCAUGCCUUUAAGGUGCAUCGUUGGUGAGGUACCUCAGUCAGACUUCCACAUUCUUAUGCUGGAUAUGCCUGGACUUAUCCCUGACUCUCCACAGUGUGCGUGGUUUUCACUAAAGCCACAUGGCUAUCAUGGACAUUUUGAAAGGAAAAAAACCUUUUCCAGUUUAAUUUAAAAGUAUAAAAGACCUUCUGCUAUUGGAUUGAAGUAAACCUCAAGUUUGAGAACUGUCGUUGUGGAGAGGGUCACUGUUAGAUGCUCUGUUUAAUCCAGAGCGUGAUGUCUCAAUUUUUAAAAAAAUUUUCAAGUACUGAAAUUUGGGGGAAAUUUAAUUUGUGACUUAUUUGUUUUUUUAAAUGUUUGAAAUAAAUAUAAGUUCACAGGAAGCUUCAUAGACACCCCAUUUAUCCUGCACUCAGUUUUUCCCCAAUAGUAACACCCUACAUGCUUAGUGUAACACCACUGUAUCUGGAAUAUAUGUGUGUUAACAUAGUGGAACCCAAGAAAUUGAUAUUGUACAACCCGUAGACCCUAUUCAGACAUCACCAGUUUUAUAUGCACUGGUAUGUAUGUGUAGUUUUAUGCUGUUCUAUCACAUAAGUAAAAUUUGUGCCACCUCCCCCACAAUCAGGAUACAGACUGUUUUAUUACCACAGGGAACCCUGUGCUUUCCCUUUAUCAGUUUGCUUGUAGAGAAACCACCUAGAGCUAGAAACAUUAAGCCACAUGAAAUAGGAGGAUGAGCUGUAGUAAAGUUUUAUUUCAGUUUGAUCCACAAUGGAAAACCCUUGCAUUUAUGGACUUUACUGAUUCUGAAUAUCAUUGUUAACUGAAGACAUACCCAUUUAGCUCAGCUACAGUUUUGCCGCAUUUAAAUUAUUUGAGUGACCUCUUUGAAUUUUGUAUAUCUAAUGUUCCAUUUUCAGUAGUCUUAAGGAAUAAAAGCAAAAACAACUAAUAACUAGAACAUGGAUAAGUACUUUUACUUUUCCAAUAUUUUUAAACUUUUUUUUUCUGGUCUGAAAGUACAAAUACUAUCUGUCUCCAGAUUAGUUGCUUUUCCUCAUUUAUUGCUUGUAGUGGUAGUUAUUGGUAUGUAAUGAGUUCUCAGUAUGAGUUUCUACUCUCUAUCUUAAUCUUUAAAACCAAGUUUUCAUAAGUGAAAGAAUGUAAAUUUGGGAGAUAUGAAACCAUAAAUAAAUUAUGCCUGUGUCUUGCCAGCAGCAGCUCAGUGUUUUAUGUUUUGUUUUUUUUUUAAAUGGUAAGGCACAUGUAUACUCACUAGUGUAUAUGUUUUCUAUUUCUAUUAAAGAAAUACAGAAAGAAAACAUUCUCUAAACUAUGUUUUCUGACAUUGAGUUAUAGUCAAGAAACUUACCUAAAACUUGACAUUUUUUCCCCUGUAAUUUCACCUGCAUUAAUCAGUUUACAGUGAUAACAUGAUCCAGCAAUUCCUCUCGUGGUGGGGGGGGUGUAUGUGUGUGUGUACUCAAGAGAAUUGAAAACAUGUUCACAUUAAAAUUGUACAUGAAUGUUCAUAAAAGCAUAUUUAUAAUAGCCAAAAAGUAUUAACAAUCCAGAUUUUCAUUAACUCAUGAGUGGAUAAAGAAAAUGUGGUAUAGCCAUCCAUUCAUAAAAAGGAAUAUUAUUUGGCCGUAAAAAGGAAUGAAAUGUGCUGAUAAGUACUACAGUGGGUGAACCUUGAAAAUACACUAAGUGAAAAAAGUCUGACUCAAAAGGCCACAUAUUAUAUGAUUCCAUUUAUCUAUGGAAACAGAAAAUAGAUGCGUGGUUGCCUAGGGCUGGGAGUAAUACAGGUUGAGGCAGAAAAUGGUAUUAAUACACAGUUUCAAGCAGUCAUUUUUAUGGACAAAUUUAAUUAGUCAUUUUCUUUGAGACUUCACUUUUAAUUUUCGUUUUCUGCUGUUGGAAGAUUUGACAGAAGGAGGUGGAAUAACCAACUUAUUUCCUUCCUGGAACAAAGGGGCACUUUAGGUGUUGAUUACAAAUAAAGUGUGGAUUUAUUGAAAGCAAGCAUUGACAAUGUCUGUAUCUGAAAGAUGGAGAUAGCUAUCUGAACUGGUUUGUUGUGAGGCUUAAGUGGAUGUGAAAACUCUUGAAUCUGAAAAAAACUCUUGUGUUAGUUGUUGUCCCUUCCACUGAGCCUGUCUCUAGUAUGAAAUGUAAGACUUAAAAACUACAUGACCAUGCCUGGAAGGGGACAAAAAUAAAUUUCCUCAUCAAAUUGUACAUUUUGCUGCUCUGCACACAUUUUCUUUUUCUGAUUUAUCAACCAUUUAAAUUAAGAUAUGUUAACUUUUUAUGUUGUGCUUGAAAAUGGUGUCCAUCUCAAGAAAAACAAAUUACAGUGUCACUUUUUUCCAUUGAUGUAAAAAUUCGGAUGUGUAGUUCUUCAUGCAGUCGUAUACAGAAUUACUUAGGCAGGAUUUUGAAAACAACCCGUGCCUGACCCUGUUCUCAGGGUUUGUGAUGUAACAGAUCUCGUGUAGGGCUCUCGGGUGAUUUCAUUGUACACCCUGGGUUGAGGCGCCCCCCUCUGCCCCCACCCCUCCCCCCACCCCCCCCCCACCCCCCGGUCUUAGCCUGCUGACAUUUGUGAACAGUGUGAUCAGAGAUCUUACAAAUAUGAAAUUUCAUAGACCUUUCACUGUAAGAACAGUAGCUUAUAAUUGAAUUCAUGAUUAUGAGACAUGAAGUGACCUGGCUUAGUGACUCACGCUGACUUCAUACUUGCUCACGUUAGUAAGCCCCUGCCCACGGUACUGAAUUUCCAACUAGAUUGUUUUGAGAAGGAAUAACAGUGAAAAACAUACGUUUUUAUAAAGUGAGUAGCAGUUGUGUGUGUGUGUUUUUUAGCUCCAACCUGGCAAUUUAAGAAGAAAGACCACAUUUGAUCCCCUGUUUAGCUUGUGAGAUAUAGUGAAACUGAGAUAUGUAGAUAAUGAAACUGAGCCGUGAACAUCAGCUUGAUUUCUUAUUUCCAGUUUAAAACACCAUACAGGUAGCUUGGAUUGAGGAUUAAUUUAAAAGCGUUUAAAGAUUCUCUCUUUCCUUUCUACCAGCAUUUGUGGCUUAAAUUUUGCUUCAGGAAAAGCAAAUGCUUUGUUUGGCAUUUAGAUUUUAUUUUACAGGGAAUAUGUACAGUUCAUGAAGGAAAAUUUUAGAAGUAAUCCAAUAUUUUCUGUGUCAUCUGAAGAGGGGAUCUUUAUGUAUUAAGAGAGUUCAUGACUUGAGAAUGUUUCCAAUCUGUAGUAUUUUCUGCCUAAAGGUUUUAAAGUUCUGUUUACAAUAGUGGGACCCUAAGUAAGGGAGAAAUCAAUUUCCAGAAAUCCUCAAGUUACCACAGCAAGUUGGAUUUGCAGUUUUGUUGCUGUGGAAUAGAACAGUGUAAAGAUUUCUCUCUGUGUUACUGGAAUCCCUAUUGGAUGCUGCCCUCUGAUGUUUGUGGAAUGAACUGCUUUUGGGAAGCGGCUUUUAGGUAUAGUCUGAAAACACAGCCCGUUGAGAGAGUACACCUAGCCGUAGUUGCCUGCGGGGAAAGACUGGAAGAAACUGUAACCAUGUUGAAGUCAGCGCUCAUCUUCAGCAUCAAACCUCUUCAGUUCCAUAUUUUUGCUGAAGAUCAACUGCAUGAUCGUUUUAAAGGCAUACUUGACAGUUGGUCAUUUCUACAAACAUUUAAUUACUCAUUAUACCCGAUAACUUUUCCAAGUGAGAAUGCAGCAGAGUGGAAAAAGCUCUUUAAACCGUGCGCAUCCCAGAGAUUGUUCUUGCCAUUAAUCCUGAAGGAAGUUGACUCACUAUUGUAUGUCGACACUGAUAUCCUUUUUUUACGGCCCGUUGAUGAUAUUUGGUCUUUACUGAAGAAAUUUAAUUCCACACAAAUUGCUGCUAUGGCACCAGAGCAUGAAGAGCCUCGAAUAGGCUGGUAUAAUCGCUUUGCCAGACACCCAUACUAUGGGAAAACCGGAGUGAACUCUGGAGUUAUGUUGAUGAACAUGACCAGGAUGAGAAGGAAGCAUUUCAAGAAUGAUAUGACCACUGUGCGGCUACGAUGGGGAGAUAUACUUAUGCCAAUGCUUAAAAAAUACAAACUGAACAUCACAUGGGGUGAUCAAGAUCUGUUGAAUAUCAUAUUUUUUCAUAAUCCAGAAAGCCUUUUUGUUUUUCCGUGUCAGUGGAAUUAUCGACCAGAUCAUUGCAUAUAUGGAAGCAAUUGCCAAGAAGCCGAAGAAGAAGGAAUCUUUAUUCUUCAUGGGAACAGAGGUGUUUACCAUGAUGACAAGCAACCAGCGUUUAGAGCUGUUUAUGAAGCACUGAGAAAUUGUUCUUUUGAAGAUGACAACAUCUAUUCCUUAUUAAAGCCUUUAGAACUGGAACUACAAAAGACAGUGCAUACAUACUGUGGAAAAAUUUACAAAAUAUUUAUCAAGCAGCUGACAAGAAGCAUACAGGAUCGUUACAACAGACCACCAAAAGAGAGGUGACUCUUGGUGACCGCCACAUCAAGUGAAUUAAAACAACAAAGUAUCAGAGGCUAUGUGUGAAGGAAUAGUCUUAGAUGAAGUGUUCAGGAAGGAAUUAUUCAUCUUCAGAAUAAUUUUUCUUCCUGAAGAAGUUAAAUGAGCAGUAUAUAUAUAAUGAAGAGUAAGUUGGGGUCUUGGACCCCAACAAGAAGAUAUAUUUGAUCUCUGAUGUUUUAUAAUAUUACUUGCUAUCAUUCCAGUAUUGGUGAAAAUAUUAUUGAAUGGUUAGAGUCCACAGACUUUGGCUGACUCUUCCUCUCAAGUGGGUAAGAGUAGUAGGGACUUUUGGAUGGAGAAAAUGUACCUCAUACACAGUGGAAACACUCAAGCUGUGAGUAUAGCAAUAAUUUUAUGUCAGCACUACCCUCACUUUAAACGUG